AAAUUGUAAGAACACAGCCAACCACACACACAAAAAAAGUCACACAUUGCUUCCUUGACACACAUGAAUAUUUCAACUACUCACACAACACUUGAUGAACGAAAGAAAGAAACACACUUUAUUGCAUUGCGUGGAACUUAGUCGCCCCACACAUUACUCACCUCAAACAAAGGAGAAGCUAAUUAAGAAGAAGCUCUAUCUAUCUCUUAUUAUUAUUAUCAUGGCUUCUUCAAAGAUCUUGUUCUUGAACUCUUUCUUGGAGAGAAGAAAGAAGAACAACAAGAAGAAGGGUAAUAAUAAUAAUAAAAAAGAUUAUGAUUUGGAUCUUGUGAAGGCGGCUGCAUGGGCAUGGUACCAACGUGGUUCAGGAUCAGAAGGGAAUAAUAAUAAGGGUUUGAUGAAUGAGUUUGAUGUCACCACAACAACAAGAACUACUCAUCAAAGAACAUCGACUAGGCCUCCUUCAAGGUACAAGCUAGAAGCAAUGAAAAGAAUGGAACUCAACGAUAAUCAUCAUAAAGAAGAAGAAGAAGAAGCAAACAAUAAUAAGGGUCAUAGAAAGAAGAAGAACUCACUACUCCUUGAUGCAUAUGAAGUGCAAAGCAUUUCAAGGCAAAUUGAUAGUCAUAUUAUUAUAGAGUCAAAUAAGAACAACACUUCAUCAUCAACUAGUUUAAUGAUGGGGAUGAAUAAGAAGAAGAAUAAGAAGGAAAAAACAAAAGGAACUUGGCUAAUCCAUGGUGCUGUCUGUGGAAGAGGAGAAGAUGUGGUUGAUCCAGCAACUUCUGUCAUGAUAGGUGGUUGUGGCGGUCAACAGCCAAACCGUGUACGUUAACUUAGUCAAAUAACAGUUUGAGAAAUCACAGGGGGUUAGUAGAUUUUGUGGUUUGUAUCUAUCAAUUAGUUAUCAUUAGUAUUUUUAAUAAUGUGAGAUUAUAUUUAAUAGUGUGCGAUUACUCACUUUUUUUUAGUUGGUUAAGUGCUGGCCAAAUUUUUCAUAAAAG